AUGUCACUGGACGUCGGUGACGUAACUGAUUCGCGCGUCCCGGAAGAUAUUUUAUUCCCGGACGAGUUAUGCCGCUACCUUCGGGAAGAAUUGAAAACCUGUACCCGCGAAAACUCCGUCUUGAGGAAGGACAUUGCAGAAAAAGAGAAACAAAACGAAGACACCCAACGCAAGUUGCUAAAACUAGAAACGAAACUCAAGGAGUACCAGGACUCGUCCGACAUGGUCGCCGCUACUCCCAAUCACUUGGUCAGCGCCAAGAUCGUCGAGAUCAGCAAGAAGCUGCGCGAAAAGUGCGCAGAACUUGAAUCAUGCAAGUCCAAGUAUGCGAAACUUGAAAACUACGUCCUCGAAUUGGAAAAUCGAUCGACUCGUUGCGAACCAAUUGCAGAAUUCAGAUGCGAAGACGUCGAGACGAAGCGGCUGGAAGAAAAGCUCCGUGCUACUUCCAACAAGUUGGUGGAGGGGAGGGACGCCAACGCGCAGCUUAAAAACGACCUGAAAACUGCCAACGAGUACCUGAAACGAGAGACGGGGGAAGAACUGACUUCGUUGCUCGGCAAUAGCAAGUGGAAAGGUAAAUCUGAGCUGAUUAACGAAUUGCAGAGCAAAAACAGGGAGCUGAAGGACAAAAUUAAGAUGAUGCAGGAUACUCAGCAGAGUUACGCAAAGACAUACCAGAAAUUGACGAGCCUGGAACAGGAAAGCAGAGACGUAAAGGCUAUCAACGAAGAACUGAGGAGAAAAAUCGAAGCUAUCAAGGCUCGGAACAAAGCUUUGGAGGCAGAUAACAAGAGUUUAAACUUAAAAUAUUCUACGUUGAACGAACACUACGAAAAAGAUCAGUGCUUCAUCGCUACCUUGUCGGCUCAGGUAGUUUCUUUCGAGGAGCUCAGAAGGGACGUAACAAGGGAAAAAGGAUGUUUACUGGGCAAGGUCCGUAAUGAGAAAGAGCAACUGUUUCUAGAGGUGCAAACAUGCAAGACUAUAAUAAACGAGCUACGCCAACACCUCGAAUCGAAAAAUGAGCAAAUUACUGAACUGAUAAAAGUCAAAGGCGUCAAGGAGGACGAGGAAGAAAUGGUCGUAGCGGAGUGCUACGAUGCCGAACGAAUUAAGAUUUUAGAUUUAGAUUUAAGAUUUUAG